UUUGAUAUUUACGACGGGAAAGCAAGCAAACCCGGAUCGAGAUCGAGCGGCAGCGAAGAGAAUGCCGUCGUUGCAGGAGGAGCUGUUGCCGUCCACCCCCGGGAAGUUCAAGAUCGACCACCGCGGCCACGCCGUGAACCGCCAGUUCCACCGCUGCUUCGCCUCCACCAGCACCCUCUUCCUUUGGGCCCUCUUCCUCGUCGCCCUCACCGCCUCCUACCUCAGCUUCCAGAGCUUCAUCGACUCCGGCAACCGGUACUUCACCGCCUCCUGGGGCGGCAUCCAGUGGGAGAAGCGCGUCCGCGACUCCGCCCAGGUCCACCGCCCCGACGGCUUCUCCGUCCUCGUCACCGGCGCCGCCGGCUUCGUCGGCACCCACGUCUCCCUCGCCCUCAAGAAGCGCGGCGACGGCGUCGUCGGCAUCGAUAACUUCAACACCUACUACGACCCGUCCCUCAAGAAGGCCCGCAAGUCCCUCCUCCAGGGCCGCGGCGUCUUCAUCGUCGAGGGCGACGUCAACGACGCCCGCCUCCUCGCCAAGCUCUUCGAUGUCGUCGCCUUCACCCACGUGAUGCACCUCGCGGCGCAGGCCGGCGUCCGCUACGCCAUGGAGAACCCCCAGUCCUACGUCCACAGCAACGUCGCCGGCCUCGUCACCCUCCUUGAGGCCUGCAAGUCGGCCAACCCCCAGCCCGCCGUCGUCUGGGCCUCCUCCUCCUCCGUCUACGGCCUCAACGAGAAGAGCCCCUUCUCCGAGGCCGACCGCACCGACCGCCCCGCCAGCCUCUACGCCGCCACCAAGAAGGCCGGAGAGGCCAUCACCCACACGUACAACCACAUCUACGGCCUCUCCGUCACCGGCCUCCGCUUCUUCACCGUCUACGGCCCCUGGGGCCGCCCCGACAUGGCCUACUUCUCCUUCACCCGCAACAUCCUCCAGGGCAAGCCCAUCACCAUCUACCGGGGCAAGAACCAGGUCGACCUCGCCCGCGACUUCACCUACAUCGACGACAUCGUCAAGGGCUGCGUCGGGUCCCUCGACACCGCCGGCAAGAGCACCGGGUCCGGCGGCAAGAAGGCCGGCCCGGCCCCGUACCGGGUCUUCAACCUCGGGAACACGUCCCCGGUCACGGUCCCGACGCUGGUGAGCAUCCUGGAGCGGCACCUGAAGGUGAAGGCGAAGCGGAACGUGGUGGACAUGCCCGGGAACGGCGACGUCCCGUUCACGCAUGCGAACAUCAGCUCGGCCCGGCGGGAGCUCGGGUACAAGCCCACGACCGACUUGCAAACCGGGUUGAAGAAGUUCGUCAAGUGGUACUUGUCUUAUCACGGCUACAAUCGCGGCAACAAUGUAAAUUGAAAUUUUCUUUUCCCUCUUCUUUAAAUUUUCCUUUUUUACCCUUUUUGGACAAUUUUUUUUUUUUGGGGGGUAAAAACUUGCUUGUUGUUGUAUUUUCUCUGUGGGGGGCCAAAGAAGAAGGCCCCAAAAAAAAAAAAAAUGGAAAGUGGCCGAAAAAAAAAAAAAAAAAAGGAGAGUAGGUUCUUUACUUGGAGGAGAGGGGUAGCGAUGGAAAAACAGAAUAUGCUACACGCCCAGUAAAUUUUUUGUUGCUGUUUUGUAAAGGAAAAGAAGUUUCGGAAUUGAAUUAAGGCCCUCGCUUUUCAUUA